AGUGUUUUAAGACAAUUUGACGUGUGUGGACAUAUUUUACAAGAAGAAUUUUGUAAUAUAAAUACGUACGAAUACAUAUGUAAAUGCAUAUAUAUAUGUAUUAUACGCGCAUAUUUUUGUUUAAAUAAAAAUUUGUUAACAAUAUUUAUUAUAUGAUAAAAUAAUCCUUGAUUGAAUGCAUUCCGUGUCGUCUGUCCCUGGAGAAUAUAAUCGCGACAAUUUCGAUUGCAGUAUAACAAGAGAAUAGCAGCAGCAGCAGCAGCAACAACAACUAUAACAAAAUAGACUUUUCCCUCUGGUGGCAAUAAUAGGGAAGUGUGAAGAUUCACUCAAAAUUUGUGGAAUUUUUUUUAAAUAAAAUAGAGCACAACAAAAUAGAGAAACAAAAAUGAGUCAAUGUUUGCCAGUCAACGCCAAAAUGUCAAAGGCAAAAAAAGUACUGGAUGAGGCACGCGAAACCCAAAAUCGUGAACUUGAUUUGGUGGACAAGGGGAUUAACUCCUUUGAGGAGUUACCCGGUUUGUUUAACAUGUCGAAUAUAACGCGACUUACGUUAAGCCACAAUAAAAUCAGUAUGAUCAAUCCUGGAAUAGCAAAUUUAUUGAAUCUGGAGAUUUUGAACUUAUCUAAUAAUCAAUUGCAUGAGUUGCCUGUAUCAUUAUCAUCAAUGCCAAAGUUGCGCAUUUUGAACGUGUCUAUAAAUCGACUGGAUAGCUUGCCACGUGGGUUUGGAGCAUUUCCAAUGCUUGAAGUAUUAGAUUUAUCAUAUAAUAAUUUGACUGAAAAAGUGCUCCCUGGCAACUUUUUCAUGAUGGAGUCAUUACGAGCACUAUACUUGGGUGACAACGAUUUCGAAUAUAUACCAAACGGUCUAGGAAAUUUAAAAAAUUUGCAGAUUCUGGGUUUACGUGACAAUGAUUUGCUAGAACUGCCACGUGAAGUUGGUGAAUUGACACGUUUACGUGAAUUGCACAUACAAAAUAAUCGUUUGCAAGUUUUACCACCUGAAGUAGGACAUUUAGAUUUACUUGGAAGUAAAUCGGUGAUGAAGAUGGAAGAAAAUCCUUGGGUUACGCCAAUUGCUGAACAGUAUCUAUUGGGCAUAAGUCAUGUGAUUGAAUAUAUUAAAACGGAAACAUAUAAAAUAAUUUAUAGCCGUCACAUACAAGCUGGACGUAGUGUACCACCACCACCUAAAGCCGACAAAAGCAAGAAAGCAUCCAGAAUGCGUGCUUAACUGCUUGCAGAAUAUCUAAUUAUCUUAAGUAACUAAUGUGCCUUGUCUAAUGGAAAUGAAAGAAUUUGUAUAUGACACAAUUAACUGCCUUACUACGAACUGUGGUUUAAACGUAUUUACAUAUGUUUUAUUAAUUGUUAAAACUAAAAUUAACGAAUAACAGAAUAUUAUGGAGGUAUGCUUGCAUCUUUUAUAAUUAAGUGUUUUGCAGUAGAUAAAAUAUAGUGCAAGAAUUUUCUAUUUAGUAA